AGCUGAAUUUUCACAUGGGACUAUUAUAGAUGUUCUUUAUCAUAUAGGUAUUUAACACUCAAAUUAAAGCCUAUAGCUGAAAAAUAAGAUCAGGCUAUUCAAAAUAUCUAAAACCGACGGUAAUUAUAAUUUUUGCCAUGAAUAUUAAUUUAUAUUUAGUCAUGGAGUCAUUACUCAUAAUCACGUCAUUACUUAUAAUCAAAAUUGGAGUAAUUAUAAUGGAGUCAUUACUUAUAAUGAAAAUUGUGCCGCCUACAUAAGUCAGACCUGUGAUUUAUUAUGCUUUAAAGACUAAAAGUACGGGCCGGCAACGCGGACCGGGCCAGCUAGUAUAUAUAUAAUAAUCAAUUGUUGUUUGUUGGUAAUGGAAUCAGUUGAAAACGGCUGGACCAAUUUGCAUAAUUUUUUAUACAAACGUCCGUCAUACCCCGAGUUAGGUUUUUACAGAAAAAAAUAUUGACCACGCCUACUUUUACGCCCACUAUCUUGAUUUAUCUAAAAUCUUUAUAUUUGCCAGAUAAUGAAGAUAUCGGUUUGAAAAUUAUUACACGAGAUACUGUUGACUUUCCCUCCAAACUUAGGAAUUUAUUUGGGCGCUAGGGAACUGACCACGCAUACUUCUAAUCUAUCUAUAUAUAUAUAUAUAUAAGGCAGUUGUGUUAGUUACUACGCUUGUAUCUCAAGAACCGCUGAUCUGAUUUUAACGAUUUACUCAAAUUCGGAAUUGUCUCUUGGCAGAAAAGAAUAAAAUCCGAAAAAAAUGCGUAAAAAUGUGAAAUUUUAAAAUUUUCAUUUUGACUUUUGAAGUGUACAAUAGUAAUUCGGAAUGUACAAGUUAACACACAAUAUGUUAUAAAUUCAAAAGAUAUUUGGCACAUGUAAAUACAGUUCACACGAAAAUAUUUCAUCAACUCAAAGUUGCACAUCCGGUAGUUAACCUGUUAAACCCAAGAGAUACUUGGCGCGUGCAGACAGAAUUACCACGAAUUUCUUUCAUUUCAUUUCAAACACAUUUUCGUUCUAUAUCAAAAGUGCAAUAUCUGGCUUGAAUUGCAAAAACGUUAACUGCAACGCUUUCGCAACGUUCAAUGGAAAUUUUAUAAAUUAAAUAAAAGAAAAUGAAUUUAGUUUCGUAAGCAAAAUAAUGUAAGCAUGUAUUGGUAUUACAGUAAAUCAGGUUCAAUGGAAAUUUAAUAAAUUAAAUAAAUGCAAAAGGAAUUUAGUAUCGUAAGCAAAAUAAUGUAAACUUGUAUUGGUAUUAAAAUAAGUCUCUUCCAAAUAAUAAACAGAUAACGAAAUCACUCUGUCAGUGAACUUCGUGAAUAAACGUCAAGUCGCGGUUUUCGACAAACCAAAAUUAAACGUUUGUUUUAAUUUAGACAGUGUCCGUGGUACUUUUGACAAGUAUCUCGUUUUUUUUUUUGAGACCUUAACUCAGAAAGGUCUAACUGGCGCCCGAGCAAAAUUGGGUAAUUAAGUCACCCAUCGCGCUAAUGUAAAGAAGGAGGCCCCCAAGUAUCCUUACGGAAAAAAGGACGCGUUUGAACGCAAGCCGCUUUACUAGUGAAAAAAAAGAGACUUACCUCGAAAAUUGGGUUACUAAGUCCCCCAUCGCGCUAAUGUAAAGAAGGAGGCCCCAAAGUAUCCUUACGGAAAAAAGGACGCGUUUGAACGCAAGCCGCUUUACUAGUGAGAAAAAAAAAGAGGCUGACCUCGAAAAUUAAUUGAAAUCAUAACAAAACAAAAAAAAAAACUACUAAAGUGAACUCUAAAAUACUCGAUAAUACGAUACAAAAAGAAAAAAAAAGGAACAACAAAAUCUAUCUAAUCAUAACAAAAUCUAUCUAAUCUAAAACAAAAGUGAAAGUGACUUCAUCAUCUGUAAUCCAACCUAUACAACGAGGACACCACAUCAGGAUACACUUACCAAGAUGAAGAUGACUCUACUUUUUUUAUCAACCUUUUUAACUCUUUUCACCUUUUCGACAACCGAGCUACAAAUUUUGAACUACACACUGUCACACCUCGUAACUAUUUUUAGUGGACCUGCAAAAAUACAGGACGGCACAUUUAACAUUAUCCACAUUAUAGAAAUGGACAGAUACAAGAACUUCGUUGACGAUGUACAGAAGGAAAUCGUACAAACCAUCCCUAAAUCCAACCCCUUUUUCCCACUCCUAACACACGAAAUAUCCCAAAUUCAUGAUAUCCUAGAAGGCAUAGAACCAAUGGAACCACCCAGGAAAAAGAGAUCCAUCAAUAUAUUAGGUACAGCCUGGAAGUACAUAGCCGGAUCACCAGAUCACGAUGACUUUGUAACAGUAAAAAAUGCAUUGGAUCAAACUAUCCUAAAUAAUAACCAACAAGUAGUUAUAAAUGACAUCUUUACAGAAAGAUUACAAAACCUUACCCAAAUUACCAAUCACAUAACCAAAGCAAUUAAAGAUAAUAAAGAUUUUGUAAACGAGGCUGCACUCAGCAUGCAAAUUAAGCUCAGAUUCAUAAAAGAAGAAUUAACUAACAUCAAAUUCGCAAUCCAAUGGGCAAAACAAAAUAUUAUAAAUUCGUUUUUGUUAAAUAAAAAAGAAAUAAAAAUAGCACUGGAGAAAAUAACAGAUGACAAUAUUUUAUUCACAUCAAUAGAAGAAGCCCUCAAGUUUGCAAACAUUAAGGUCCUUUACAAUCAAAGAAAAAUGUUGUAUAUCAUUGUAAUCCCGCUUACUAGCAAAGAACAAUUCGAUAAUGUUAUAAUUAAACCUGUAAAAAGAAAUAAUAGAAUCAUAAGUACCAAGUUUAAAGAAAUAAUGAAAAAUAACCAUAAAAUAUUUGGCAUUAAAAGUGAAUGUGCAAUAAUAAAUAAUGUAAAAAUCUGUAAAAGUGACAAAUUGGUAAACAUAUCCAACGAUACUUGCAUCCCUCCGCUACUUAACGGAAUGAAUUCAUCUUGCCCAAUGGCACACGGCUACCAUAUACCCCAAAUAGAAAAUAUCUCACCCGGUAUCAUUCUUCUUAACGAUUUUAUUGGAAAAAUAAACAAUGAUACGGUUAAUGGAACAUUUUUAAUCAAAUUCCACAACGCUACAUUGCGAAUAAACGACAAAUAUUACAGAAAUUUAGAAGCUCCACUUUUGGAAGUUUCUCCACCAACAAUUCAACAAACGCCGGUUGAAGAUGAAUUCAUAAGCCUACUAUCCUUGGAAAUGUUAAACCACUUGCAUAUUAAUAAUACCAAGUCCAUCCAUGAACUCAAGUCAGACUCUGUUGUUACUAAAUAUACCACGUUCUCUUUAUUCACCCUUUUUGCUAUUUGCCUUGUUCUAAUAAGGCUCUUUACAAAAAAAAGAGAAAAAGUAAUUAUUCAUACAAUAGCUCCUACCCAUGAAUUAAUACAAGCCCCAGUUGCUCGAACAAAAUUGCACGAGCCGAGGCCACAAAAAAUAGACGAUCUACCUUACUUCUAACGAUUGAGGACAAUCGUUUUUAAAGGGGGAGGAGUUAACACACAAUAUGUUAUAAAUUCAAAAGAUAUUUGGCACAUGUAAAUACAGUUCACACGAAAAUAUUUCAUCAACUCAAAGUUGCACAUCCGGUAGUUAACCUGUUAAACCCAAGAGAUACUUGGCGCGUGCAGACAGAAUUACCACGAAUUUCUUUCAUUUCAUUUCAAACACAUUUUCGUUCUAUAUCAAAAGUGCAAUAUCUGGCUUGAAUUGCAAAAACGUUAACUGCAACGCUUUCGCAACGUUCAAUGGAAAUUUUAUAAAUUAAAUAAAAGAAAAUGAAUUUAGUUUCGUAAGCAAAAUAAUGUAAGCAUGUAUUGGUAUUACAGUAAAUCAGGUUCAAUGGAAAUUUAAUAAAUUAAAUAAAUGCAAAAGGAAUUUAGUAUCGUAAGCAAAAUAAUGUAAACUUGUAUUGGUAUUAAAAUAAGUCUCUUCCAAAUAAUAAACAGAUAACGAAAUCACUCUGUCAGUGAACUUCGUGAAUAAACGUCAAGUUGCGGUUUUCG